GGUGACGUUACCGUCGUCUCACGGUUGAAUUGAGUUUGAUUGCUUUUCUACAAUUUUCUUAAGCAACCAAAUCCUCUUUCUUCAGCAUCCUCAGGUGAAGCUCAAUCCCAUACUUGCUGCGUUUUUCUCUCUUCUUCACUUUCCCUUUUACAAUCUCAAACCGAUCUACAUCUUCUUAACUUCAAACCAAUUCACCCUACACACAUUCAUGGUUUUCCUCUUUCGGGAGAUGCUCACUAGCGUGGAUGGAUUGUGAAAAGAUCGUGGCUUGGAUCCCCAUAAGGGUUUGAGAAUUGGGUUUUUUGAUUGGAUUGGUUUGGUGGGAUAUUAUUGUUGAUUUUAGGGAAUUUGAAUUAGGUUAUUGCAGAAAUGUUCUAUGGUACUGUUGUAUGGGACCCUUGGCUGAUUGUUGCACAAAUAUUUUGCCUUCAAUGCGUAUAUUAUCUCACACUUGGGUUAUUCUUGUCCAUUCUUGUUGGAUUUCGGGUUUCCCGGAUGAGUUUGGUCUAUUUCUUUGACUAUGCUACUCUAACUGCUUCGACUGUAACUGGGUGGUGUGUCAUUGCUUCGUUUCUGCUAAGUGCAAUUGCAAGUGCUGGAUAUCUUGUUUUUGUGGUUGAGAGAGCAAAGAAAUGCUUGGAUUUUUCGGUUACUGUCUUCAUUAUCCAUCUCUUUAUCUGUAUUGUGUAUGGGGGAUGGCCUUCCUCAGUAACAUGGUGGAUAGUAAAUGGUACUGGAAUUGCAAUUAUGGCUCUACUAGGAGAAUAUCUCUGCAUUAAACGUGAAAUGCGGGAGAUUCCUAUAACACGAUUACGUUCAAGUGUUUGACUUGGGCAGGCUUGAACCAAUUUCUUGUGAGUUUUUUUGUCGCUUUUUCUUCAUUAAUUCGGAAGAGCUUCUUGAAAGGGCUGGUUAUAGUAGAUUUUAAUCUGUGAAGUGGAAGAGACAGGGUCCCUAUUCCAUUUAUCUCACUGGUACAAUAACAAAGGACCACAAUUAUGAAAGUUUCAGGCUUUCACAUUAGUUAGAUAUGCAUUUUGUUAGGAUACUCGUAUUGUACAAUUAUAGUUUACUUUUUCUUUUAGUGAAACAAUGCUUUGUCAUACUUUUUCUUUUCACCUUGUUAAUGUCUUUCCAUUUUGACUAUUAAUUUUCUUCUCAUUCAUUGGGGCCAUUUGUAAUUACUUCAUAUAAAUACUAUUGUUGCUUUUGUCA